GGGAUCCUUGCCUCCGAAACAUGGCUCAAACGGGUUUGGAUCGAGCUCGACUCAUUGGGCAUCAGAGUCGAGAUCUCCUCCCCUCCCUUGUCCCUACACUGUGUCGACGAUCGUCUCUUGAUGGACAUCUUCAUCGAUGCCUUGGUCGACCAAGAGGACUUGCUGUGGCUCAACUGGUGCCGCCAAUAUCUCCAAGUCACCACCCUCUCGGAACUCACCACCGCCGACGGGUGUUCCCUGACGGCAGCUUCUCUUGCCGGCCAACCCUCCGGACACUUUGUGACCAGCUACAAUUGGCCCCAAACUCGACGCCCUGGCCCCUCUCACUGGGACCUAUGGCGACGCGUCCUCUCUCAAGCUGUCCUCCGCCCCUACAGCCGCCGUCGCCGAUUGUUGCAGCCCCUCGGACCGUGGUCUGAUUCGCUAGACCGCUGGACCUGGCUCUUCUCUCGCACCGCUUUGAUCCUCUUCCAUCGGACGGACAAAUACCUGGCAAUCUACCGGCCCAUCAACUCGCGUUCCCAUAAGACCUUCCGAAGGGAUCUUCACCACACUUGCUCGCAGGCAUCAUGGUUGUUGACUGGUUGCUCCAACAGUGGGCGCCUACGCUCCAAUCUAAACCCCGCGAAUGUUGAAGUGGAUAAUUGGGCAGUGGCAUACCGCCAUCAGUUGGAGGCUUCUAACCAACUGAUUGCACCCAAUGCUCGCUUCUUUACUGAGCUGGCCGCUCUCUACAUCGGAGGCGUUAAGCAGUCUCGAUUGGACCCAGACUACAUCCAAGAGCUGGUGGCGCUUCCCGCCCUCCGCAAGAGGUGGCGCGAGAAACUCACGGUCACCCCAGAGGCGGAGUCGGAAACCGACUGGCCCAGUCUGGCCCGGGCCAUGCAAUCUCUCCCCGCGGGCGUCCAACGCUGGACCACAAAGCACGUGGUGGGUAUGUGCGGUGUCGGCAAGUUUAAGGUACGAUGGGGAUAUGACACAUCUGCUGCAUGCCCAUGCUGUGGCGAGUUCGAAGAUCACCUACACGUACCUCGAUGUAGGGCUCCAUCCGCCAGCGCUGAAUGGGAUCGCCAGACAGUGGCCCUGGAUUUAUGGCUGGACACUCAAGUGACAGAUCCGGCCAUCAAACAUGCCCUCCUCUCCCUUCUUAAAGGGGUUCGCGAUCCAUCCCUCCCGUCCAUUCGAAUGGUACCAGGUCGACUGAGCAGCGCCUUCCGCUCCCAGCAACGCAUUGGUUACCAAGGCUUGUUGGAAGGAAGAUUGUCCCGCCAAUGGGCCCCAUUGCAGGAGGAAUAUCUGCAGUCGCACGGGAGCCAACGCUCUCCCACCUUAUGGGCCUCACGCCUCUCGCAUCAGUUGAUGUUGCUGGGCUUCCAGUUGUGGGAACAUCGGAACUCGGUACAACACUCGGAGGACAAUGUACAGUUACAAGAGCGCAGCCAUCAGGUCAACGACGGGAUACACAACCAGUUUGAUAUGGGUCCCACUGACCUACCUAAGGUUGUUCAACGCCUGCUUUCGGUCAAGCGCCGGACAGUCUUGAACAAACCACUGAUAGACCAUGAGGAGUGGCUGAAGCUGGUGAGGAUGGAACGCACGGCCUACCGCCGCGCUCUGGCGCCUCAACGCCGUAUCCUUCAUCGCUUCCUCCACCCUGCGGACCAUUCCCCAUGUGAAGUUUGCCAAGUGAAUAAAAAUGUGAACAUUCAAUACGGACAUCUGCCUGAAAGACACGCAGAUUUGGUCCUGUGGUUUUCUGUGGCUGUGGAUUUGAUUGGACCUUGGAAAACCGUAGACAUUGAAUUCAAUGCGCUCACUUGUAUUGAUCCUGUGACAAAUCUCACUGAACUUUCAUGCAUUGAGAACAAAACUUCAACCCAUGUCACCACUGCUGCUUCUCGGCGGGAACUUGUGACUCCGGACCACACAGCAAGGACGCUGUCGACCUCGGACCAUAGCAAUGCUGUGGACCCAGGCUCUGGCCCAGGGUCCUCUAUUCCGUCUCUAGCCAGUUCUAGGGUCUCUGACAAUUCCUCGGAUGGUUCGCCGUCCCCGGUCUUCCCCAUCUUCCGUCAUCCUCAACACUCUUCUCCUCCUGACCGUUCUAUGGGUAAACGAAGGAAGAAGAAGCCAUUGGCCAGCCGUGGAGCCUCCCGCUCCACGGCAGGGCCAUGA